AUGUUUUUAUAUGAUGCUCAACAAAAACGUUCAUUAACAAAUGAUGCUUCAGGUAUUUUUAUUUAUACAACAUCAAAUGAUAUUAAAUAUGCACUCAUUAAUGGUGAUCAUGAAAGUAUUUGUACACUUAAUUUACCUGUUUAUAUAGCAAAAGUUAAAUUACCUAAAAUAAGUCCAAAUGCGGAAUUAAUUUUACCACCAUGUCUAAUAAGUCAACAAGAAUCGAAUUGGCCAUUUCAACCAACUACAGCAGAUUUAAGAUCAAAUAUAACAACAAAACUUGCUGUAAAUCUUCAUAUUGAUGAAACAGCAACAAGUGGUGGAGAUUGGACUCAUCAUGAAGUACAAAUUGAAGGUGAUAAAGAUGAUCUUAAUAGAGAAAAUCUUAAUAAUAAUCAAGAUAAGCAAGAUGAUGGUAGAGGUGAUACUGAAAUUGAAUUACCACUUGAUCUUGUAUGUUUUUAUUCAAAUAUGCGUGAAGCCCAUUCACCAAAAUUAUUUUAUCCAGCAGUUGGACGUCUUCAAAUCGCUUAUCGUUUAACAACAAAUGGAAAAUUUGGAGAAGUUGUUGAAAAAUUUCGUUCAAUAUUAUUAUCUGUUCCAUGA